AUGUCUGUCUUGGCAUCGACGAUGAAAGUCUUUACUGGCAGCAAGAAUAGCAGUGAAGUAGUCACAAUCAUUCCGAUUUUGAGCUUGGAUCCUCGUCCCGAUGACUAA